AAAGUAUUGAUUAUCGGUGGUGGAUUGGGAGGAUUGGUUUUAGCAAACAGAUUACAAAAAUAUGGAGUUUCAUUUUGUGUUUACGAAAGAGAUGGUAGUGAAACAGCACGUAUCCAAGGUUACCUUAUAGGUUUAAACAGUGUUGGUAUUGGAGCUUUAAGAGAGUCGGUAUCGGAAGAGAAAUUUAAAAGAAUUGAAUCACUAUUUAAACCAAGUCAAUUUGCAGUUGCCGAUAGAAAUUUAGAAGUGUUAUUAAAGAUGAAUUCUGGAGGUACUAUUAAUCGUGCUGAAUUAAGAAGUAUUUUACUUGAGGGUGUGCCAAUCCAAUUUGGAAAGAGGCUAGAGUCGUACAGGGAAGAUGAAACCGGUGUCACUGUUCAUUUUGAAGAUGGAACAAGCGAAAGAGGUGAUAUUGUCGUGGGUGCCGAUGGUGUAAGAUCGUCAGUCCGUAAACAAAAGCUACCAGACUUUACAUUUGCCGAUGUAAAUGUAUUUCGUGUCCAAGCAUUGAUACCCAAUGUGACCAAAGAGAUCCUGGAUACAAUAUUCCACUAUGACAAAAAUGCAGUAGUAUUAAAGACAUUGGGCAGCAUUAGGAACACAAUUAUCUUUGGUAGAACAAAGAAUAUACAGCACGCCAUUAGUUUAGGUCUAGAAGAUGUUGAAGAUAUCGAUGAUGUAAUUGCAAAGAACCAAGAUAACACUGAAAUACUAUUAAUCAGUUAUGAGUGGAGACCAGCACCCAAUGAAACCGAGCCAAUCCCCAGCAACCGUGAGGAUCUAUUAAAUCUGAUUCGUCGUGAUACCCAAACAUAUCAUCCAGUCGUCAAACAACUGCUAAGUGACUUUGCCAAACCUGAACACUUAUUAGACUCGAAAGCAGCUCCAUUGACCCAAGCAUCCCCAAUUGAAAACUUUAAAACAUCCAGAGUAACCCUCCUUGGUGAUAGCAUCCAUUGUAUGACAUCACACGCCGGUAUGGGUGGAAACACUGCAAUGAAAGAUGGAUCUGAACUUGCCAUCGCCCUUAAGAAUAUCUUUAUUGAUAAAGCACCACUAGAAGAAUCGCUUUCAUCCUAUCAAAAAGGAAUGCUUGAUAGAGGCUUCAAAGCUGUCAACAUCAGCCGUGCAAAUACCGAAAGAAUGCAUGCCAAAGAAGUAGGUUGGUUUGGCGAAAAAAUUAGAAAUGGUUUAAUGAAAUUCUUUUUCCAAUUAAUUGUUUUGGGUAUUGUAAAACUAGAUUAA